AUGAUAUCCUUCCCGCAGGAUGCAUCUGAAGCGUCGGGUAUAUCUUUACCACCGUGUCAUAUCACCAUAAAAGGAAGUUGCCCGUAUAACUACAAUGAGCGUAGGCGUGAGGCACCGGGUGCCCCCGAUGGGGCCAGGUUAGACUCUUCUUCCUACAUAGCAGCAGAUGGACAGAGAUACCUGGAAAUGAUCCCACAAUGGACCUCACCUACAGAAAACAACCAUCUUCUGACUGGAUAUGAAGUUCAGGUCCGGUGUACUGCAAAUGAUUGUGUCGCGGAAACUUUCUGCGUCAGAAUAGAUUUCAACAGAACACUAUUAGUGAAUGAAACACUUUUCAAUAUGUCAUUGACAUGUCAGUAUGGAGAUUUUGCGAGGCCCGGUUCAGAUUACACCCUCGUCGUACGGAGCCUUCCAGGCAAUCUGAUUGGCAAUCCAAAUGAAAUGAGAAUUGAGGCAACACUCCCUAGUUGCAAAGAUGAACCGGACAUACAUGCUUGCACCUCUGGUAAUUCCAUACCAUCGCAAUAUGAUCUUGGUGUAUAUCAGGACAGCUCUGGCAAUGUAAUAGUGACCUUUUCGCCUGAUAGCAAUAGUGGAUAUACAGAUUUUUUAGUCGGCAUCCAGAAUGUAAAUGAAUGGGAAAUAUAUUUUGAAGAAAUAGUUACUUUGUCGGGGAAUGGCCAACCGCAUGCUUCUUUUCAAAAUGUGCCUGAAGGAACCUAUAGAGCAUUUAUUAUGAUUGAAGAUUGUGAGGAUUGUGCUAGGUAUGAAUCCAGAAAUGUGACGAACAUCAAAGCAGCUUUGCCCGUUCCUGCCUCCUCGACGACCUCUCCUGCACCAUCAAAGACGUCUAAUACCUCAUCCCCGAACACUCCUGUCCAAUCAACGACCGGUGUUCAAGACCCAACAAGACUGGGUCUUUCGUGGGUAGCACUCUCUGGAGCACUAGGUGGGGUUCUCUUGGUCGUCCUGAUCUUGGUUUUUGUUCUGCUCACCUGGAGGAGAAGCACAGUUCCCUCUCAAGAGUUCCAGGAGACCAAGGUUAAAGGGGAUGGUGAAGACCCGUCCGUGCCUCAUCGGAGGAAUAUUCAAUACAAUGACUAUGAUUCCCUGGCUGGAUCCGGGUAUACAAACCCUGAGAUGAAUGGAAAUAUUCUUUCAGAUUACCCUAGAUACACCAGUCCUUCCAUUCUACCCGCCACCGUUCACCAUGACAACUUGGCCAAUGGAAGACUCCUCCUGGAGAGCCAGUAUUAUGCCGAUUCUAUGCCUUACAAGGGAAUGGACAGUAUCAGCAAAGUUGUGGAUAUCCCUCCUCCUUCGGAACUACCAAUAAACUGCAAUCAGCCAGAAUCACCCGAUUCGGGAUUAGAGUCGUUAUACUCAGAUAGUGCCAUGGAAGAUGGGAAGACUCUGUUCUCCAUAGCAUUGACUUCUUUGGGAGAGGAAGUGUAGUGUCAACCGGAACAUUCACAAGUCUUUAUUCUUUAUUCAACAGUAUCCAGGAGAAUAUCUAUGUCAUUAUCCACUGUAAAAACUGUGGUGUUAAAACUGACACCAGUUGGUGUUAAUAGAGGACCACACCCUGAGGUGUUAAACUAACACUGUCAAUUUAAUACCGGUGUAAAAUAAUUGGUGUGGUCCUCUAUGUACACCGGUUAACACCACAGUUUUUUGCUGUGUAUAUGACACAUGUAUAAUACUAUAUAUAUAUAUAACGUUAUUUGGACUGAGGAUUUUUCCACAAUCAAUCAUAUUGAGUCGAACUGCCUUUUGGGGGUAAUGUAGAACUAUUAUAUUAUUUUCAGUUUAUAUUUUAGGCCAGUGAAAUUAAUUAGUUUCAUUACUUAGAAAGUUUUGCUAUACAUUUGGAUUUCAUAAUGCUCUUUAUAAUAAUUAGGUAAAUAAACCUCUUUGCAAUUUCUAUUGUUUAUUAGGAGUAAUUUACUCUAUAAUUACAACAAAAUAAUUGAAAUAAUUUCUCCAAGGCCUUUAGUCAGAACUCUGGUUCAAUUUAAAAUAUGGUAUAAAGUUGUCACUGGUUUAAAUAUAUUUGAUUCAAUUCAAACUCUGAUCUAAAGUUAUGGUUUAACUAUGGUACAAAAAUCUUUAGCAGUGGAGGUGGAAUUUAUGAGCAAAAAAAUAAAAAUAAAUCCCCACAAGUAUUUCAUAACUGUCUCAGAAUUACUAAAAAAACAGUUUUAAUCUACUUUCCUGCUCCUGCUACUACUCCAUUCGCCGACUCAAGUCAGCCUUCUCUCACUACUCAAGCCUUCUGCUUAAGUCUUCCUACUACUCGGCUUUCCACUCCUUCUGGUUUACAGUACUUUUAAGGACUACGUUCAAUUCGAAAAGAAUACUUUCAAACCUCCACGUUCUCGCCUUUCCAUUUCACCUCCAUUUCUAUCCACUUUUCCUAUCUCAGUCCCUCCCGGACGUUACACCUCUUCGUCACCGUUGAUAAAUAGAUAAAAAAAUGAAAGAAUAUUUCAUAACUUUUUAAAGAAAACGUAUAAGAAUGUCCCUAUUAAUGUCCUAACAAAGUCGGCCAAAUCCUCAUCCUUUUUAAUUUCCUUAUCAUGCUAUUCCUUUUGUUUUCUAUUUCACCCCAUCUUAUACAAUUCAUCUCUUCGGUGCACCCAGGUAUCAGCUUCUUCUUCCGCUCUAGUUUCCUUUUCAUAAUACUGAUUAUAUAUUUUAAUGAACAUACUGCAGGAUCAUUUGCACUGACCUACAGAUAUUUGUAUUUAUUUUUAUGUUUGUGUGUGUGUGUUUUGUUAUUUUUUGUUCUGUUUCUUCCGUGUUUCCCCUUAGCCAGUUGGGGUGUGUGUGUGGGUGGGUGUUUGUGUGUAUGCGUUUUCUAUAUAGAGUGUGUGCCUUUGUUUAGUUCUUGUUCUUCUCUUUCUCUGAUUUUUCCCCCAAGUAUUAGUUCUUUUAUAAUAAAAUGCAUCUAUAUAAAUGAGACUAUAUUGGUUCUAAGUUUGCAGAAUUUGAUAUAAAUUAUAUACGACUCUGUAUAUUUAGUUCAUGCGUGUAAAUAUUUUUUACAUACCACAUGUAAUCCAACAUAUUGAUUUUGUUAAUAUUUUAUAUAGAAAAGUAUUGUACAUACAUCUACAUGUUUUAUGCUAGCCGGUAACAAAAAUGUGCUUAAGAAUGUUUUUCACAUGUUAAGAGUGACAAUCAAAAUUCAUGAAUGCAAUAUGCAUUUAUUCCAUGCCAUGUGUUAUUCUAUUUUUGCAAUAUGAAUUUUUAUCUCAUGCUUUGGAAACAGUUCUUGUACAGGAAUGUAAAGUGCUUAAGGUGUUAUUAAAUCAUGUUUGUUUAUGACACAC